GUCACAGAAGCCGUCGCCAGGAUGCUGUUUACACAGCUGAUGAUCGGCAUCUUCACCCAGACGCUUCUUCAGAUCUCUUUAGCCGACAUCAAAUCAGUUAAUCCUGGAGAAAACAUCACUAUUCAGUGUAACAUCACUUAUGAUUCGGAAAUAUUGUGGUAUCGACUUAAAUCUGAGGAGGUGAAACAGAUCAUAACUGCAAAAAAAGGGAAACUUGAACAACAUUUUUCCCCCUCCCACAAUUUGGAUGAAAAUCACUUUGAUGUAAAUGAAGACAGCAGUUUAGUAAUUAUUGGAGUUAAUAAGACAGAUGUGGGAAUUUAUUACUGUGGAGGUCGAAACACAACACACGUUUACUUUGGGAAUCCAAUGUGGCUGAGUUUAACAGACAACAGACCUCAGACCGCAGUUGCUCCACCUACAAAGAUGAAUCACUACCAGAUUAUGAAUAUAAUACUAACAUGUGUGUGCUCCAUCUCUUUCCUAAUAAACAUCAUCUGCAUCUGUUUGUUCAGUUCUAGAGUGCGAGGAAAAUUAAAAUCCAUCCACGCAUGCUGCAGUGAAACCACCACCACUCAUUCAGCUGAGAAGGAAAUCAAUCUGCACUAUGUCACUUUAGCACACAUAAGAGAAGCCUCUGAUAAACACACAUCGAAUGUGGACAAAGUGACCUACGCAGGAAUCAGACAUUUACCAGCCUUAUCAUGACCUGCUCCUGAUUAUAGACCUGAGAACAUUUAGACUUUUAUCAUGGUUAAUGUUACAGCGCUCUUCUUCCUAAGACCUUGUUCACACAGGCCUUAUAAUCGAGCGUUUUUUCUGGCACCAUGGGUUUUCUACACCUACUGUAGGAGUCAAUGAGAGUGUUCACACGUGCUUUGGUGACGUGCGUUUGUCCGGCUGCGCGUUUAUACGGCGUGAAAAAAAAAAAAAGUUGCAUACAGCUUUUUCUUGCCGUUCGAAUCCCAAGAAAAGCAAGGAAAAUUCUUCUAGUGCGUUUUCUUUGCGUUUAUUUUACGCUUCGGAGGACCAGAUAUAUCCCAUAAUUCUAAAUGCUAUAGGGAAAUGAGGAAAAAAUCUAAAUUAAAUUAAAUGAAAUAAAUGAUUGAAAAACUUGCGCGGAAAUUUUCGCACUUCUUCAUAAACCACAAAUUGGUGAACCCAAUAGCGGUGGCGAUAUUUCCUCUUCCUACGUCGCGAUAUUUCCUCUGCCUACAGCGCGUUCGGUGAUCCAAAAAUGUAAUGCCCGUGUGAACAAGGCCCAAGGGUGACAAUGUUUCCCAGUUUGGUUUGAUUUGCUUGGCAUUAUGUUUAAUCAUUUACAGGCGGGACCAAUUGUGGGUGGAUGGAGCUUGGCUUUUAAAAUUCUCUUCAGCCAGGAGUAGCUAGGGAAGAGAUGCGACAUUCAUGAACUGUGUCUUGCUUUGCUGGGGCUCGUUAUGAUUUUAUUAACUGUAAUGACAUUGGCUUUCUUUAAUUUUAAUUAUUUAACUUAUUUAAUAAAACCUCAAGGAUUAAACCCUUUGAUCUUUUGGUUUGGUUGUGUUUGAUUAGAUUUCCGAAUGUAAAAUGAGGGCAAGUUUACCCAAUGUGCUACGGUGUUCACACACUACUGGGAACUUUUAUGACCCAGUCUGGGAUUAGAAUGUGGUUAGUAUUUGUGGCUCAAAAUGUUAGUCAAAUUUUAGCCAAAAUGACUGAGACACACACAGGAGCAUGAACAUUGAUUUAUUGGGGAAUUAAAUAAAAUUCAUAUUAUGGGGCAGUGUUUCUCAAAGUCUGCUGCAGCCCCCUGGUGGGACUUAAGGGUAUUGCAGAAGGACUGAAAGAGCUACUUUACAAUAUACUCAGUUUUAAUUUAAGUAACUAAGUUCAAACAAAAUUACUAUAAAAUAUAAUUAAAUGUUUUUUUUUUCUUGUUCCAUUGAUGUUUGCAUACAUGAUGAGGACUAAAUUGCACUUUAAAACGUGUACAAUACCACUGCUGCUGACAGCAGUUCUUUCUAUUCUCUCCAUUCUAUCUUUUCAGUUUUCGGUCAUGGACAGGCAUAUGAGUAUUUUACUGCAUAUAAUUCAGUGAGUGCAUGAUUGUGUACAUGACAAAAGCUAUAGGCCUCUAAAAAAAGAUGAAAUAUGUUUUUUUUUUUUGCAUGUGAUCAUAAGAAAUGCAGGGGAAAUAAACUGCAUAUACAGUAGAUAUUAUGUUGUGUAAUAAUUCAUGAAUCAACAUGAUUUUUUUAAAUCAAAUUUUAAUUAAUUCAUUUGUAUUUGCAUUUGAUAUGGUGAAAUGCUGCAGUUCAUUUAUAAUCUAACCAUUGGUGUUCUCUAAGCUACUAACACACUGACACAACGUCCUGGGCUGUAGGAUCUUUGUGUACUGUAACACUUUUUUGUAUUAAAUUAGGAUAUUUAUUAAAAUCA